GACUACAUCCGGUUAUGGUACGAUCACUUCCGGUCCUCAUGUUUAUCACUUGCUGCGACUCUGCAGCUGUUCACCAUUUCAUCUUGACAUUUGACUGUCCCCAAGGCCUGAAGUGAACCAAACCCCCACCUCCCAGAGGGAUGGACAGAUUCUCUUGGUCGGACAGCUUUCAAGCUGUCUUUGGCUCCUGUAUCUCUUGUCUCGGACGCCCUCCUCGUCUUGACUCCAAUAGUGAACAAAACAGCAACGAUCGAGGAGGUCCAAUUAGGGCGCGUUCAGACGAACUCGAGGGAUUGCUUGCAGAGUCGGACGAUGCUGAAACAUUGUCCUUGCACUCAAAUCUCGGUGACCGGGAUCGUUCACGGAAGAAACGACGUCAGAGAAAAGGCAUUAGGUUAUUCGGAUACGACCUAUUCGGACGACCUCCCAUUCACCUACCUGACGAUGACGAGGGUGUGGACGACUCGGGUCGUCGGAGGGACAGGCUAGAACGAUCACGUACUAUUUCAACUUUCACCCUUGACUCCGACGCAGCACCUUUGGAUUCUUCCACUAUUGAAGAGCUGUCCGCUGCUCAGAUCGCAGAACGAGUUACUCGUGAAGAUGAAGAGAGACGUGCAAAGGAGGAAAGGCGGCAGCGUCGUAGAGAGAGGAAAGAAUUGAAACGCGCUGUCUUGGUAUUGUCAAUGUCAGGAGAAGGCGAAUUCGAGGGGUUCCCCGGGAGCGGACCAGAGCACGGUCAUAUUGCUUCCCCGUUUCAAAGCUCCACUGCUGGAAGCUCUGACUUGUCCUCACCUCACAGACAAGAGGAUUUUGGUCCUUUUGAACAGAGUCAGAUACAUGAUGAUUAUGACGCAGACGAUGCAGAGACCGGAGAUCUUGAUGCAGACGCAUAUACUCGCCGUGCUCCCCGUGGUGCUUCUAUGGGAAGCGGUUCGGAUUCUCGCUCUCGCACCUCAGCCUCGAAUUCAAAUCCUGACUCGUCACGAUAUAACCAUUAUUACCUCUCACAGCAACCUAUGCAGGUACCGCACAUGCUAGCUAACCAACCACCACAUCCUUUCGAGUUGACUUCAUCGACUCCAAAGAAGAAGAAAAAGUCAAAACGUGACAAAACUUCACGACAGUCUGUGUCGACGACCUCCCAGUCCACAUCUCUCGCCUCUCCUACACAGCAACCAUCAAGAAUCCCAUUUGUCCCCUCACCUUCUGUUGCGUCAGCGGAUGGUGAAUACAUUAACCACACGGAGUUCAUUGCUCCGGAGGCGAAGCCAGCCGGCGGCUUCCCCAGCGUCGGGCUUCCCGGUGGUAUCAGACGGAAGAACAGCGAAGCUGGUGUCUUCCUCGCACGUAGAGGAGAUGAAUGAAUGUCGUCUCGACAUACACUUGCAGGAUCUCUGACUCUUGGCUACGGAUUUGGAUUUGGGUAUGUCUGGAUAGGUACGACAAUUCUAAUGAUCUCCUUCAAUCUACCCGGAUCUCGUGAAUCACUUGUGCUCUCCUCGUAGAUAUAUGUCUCUUUUGAAUACCCUACAGUUUGUAAUUGUUCUUUCUAGGUCAGCGGAAUGAUACCAUUGCGUUUACCGC